AUGCCUCCGGAACCAGACGUCAUCGGCCAGCCGGCCAGGGAACCCGAGAAAUUCGUUGCCCUGCGCGAGUGGGUCUCACAACCCGUCGUCGCCGCCUUUUGCGCCGGCGGCGUAGCCGGUGCCGUGUCGCGAACCGUCGUCUCGCCGCUCGAGCGGUUAAAGAUCCUCAUGCAGAUCCAGAGUGUAGGCCGCGAUGCGUACAAGCUGUCUGUCGGCCAGGCGCUCGCCAAGAUGUGGAGGGAAGAGGGCUGGCGAGGCUUCAUGCGCGGCAACGGAACCAACUGCAUUCGCAUCGUCCCGUACUCGGCUGUUCAGUUCAGCAGCUACAACUUUUACAAGAGAAACAUCUUUGAGCCAUACCCCGGUGCCGACCUGGCACCCCUUACUCGCCUCGUCUGCGGCGGCGUGGCGGGCAUCACGUCCGUCUUCUGCACAUACCCCCUCGACAUUGUCCGCACGCGCCUCUCCAUCCAGUCUGCCAGCUUCGCUGAGCUGGGCGACAAGCCGAAACAGCUGCCGGGCAUGUGGCAAACGCUGGUGCACAUGUUCAAGACAGAGGGCGGCAUCCGGGCUCUGUACCGCGGCAUCGUUCCCACCGUGGCGGGCGUGGCCCCCUACGUUGGCCUCAACUUCAUGGUCUACGAGUCCGUGCGGAAACAUUUCACCCCUGAAGGCGAUAAGAACCCUAGCGCCGUUCGGAAACUAGCAGCCGGAGCCAUUUCCGGAGCCGUUGCACAGACCUGCACAUACCCCUUUGAUGUGCUGCGACGCCGAUUCCAGAUCAACACCAUGUCCGGUAUGGGUUAUCAGUACAAGGGCAUCGGCGAUGCCGUUCGCGUCAUUGUCCGCCAAGAGGGCAUUCGCGGCCUUUACAAAGGCAUCGUCCCCAACCUGUUAAAGGUCGCCCCCAGCAUGGCCUCGAGCUGGCUGAGCUUCGAGAUGACACGAGACUUCCUGACGGGCCUCAAGCCGGACGCGGACGCAGAGUCUGCGUCCCUGUAA